UUUAAAACUUUCUUCAUUGGUCCAACAGGUGACUUGCCCCAGCAUCUUCAAGUAAUGAUCAACCUUCUGCGUUGUGAAGAUCGGAUCAAGCUGGCCGUGCGCUUGGAGAGCGCCUGGGCGGAGCGGGUCCGGUACAUGGUGGUGGUGGACAGCAGCGGGCGCCAGGACACGGAGGAGAGUAUCUUGCUGGGAGUCGACUUUUCCAGUAAGGAAAGUAAAAGCUGCACCAUCGGGAUGGUUCUCCGGCUGUGGAGUGACACGAAAAUCCACCUUGAUGGAGACGGGGGAUUCAGCGUCAGCACUGCGGGACGGAUGCACGUCUUUAAGCCCGUAUCCGUCCAGGCCAUGUGGUCUGCCCUGCAGGUCCUUCACAAGGCCUGCGAAGUGGCACGAAGACACAACUACUUCCCCGGUGGCGUGGCGCUCAUCUGGGCCACCUACUACGAGAGCUGCAUCAGCUCGGACCAGAGCUGCAUCAACGAGUGGAACGCCAUGCAGGACCUGGAGUCCGCACGGCCCGACUCCCCGGCCCUGUUUGUGGACAA